CAAAUAUAUUAUACAAUCAAUCAAUCAAUCAUUAUACACUUGUAAUUAAUUAAGCAUGGUGUUCAUUGCAUGGGCUACCUGUUUCUUCUUCUAUGCAGCUCACUUUGUUGCGGCAUCUCAAUCAUCAGCACUACAACUAGAAGCAAGUGCCUUGCUCGCGAGUGGGUGGUGGAGAAGCACCAAUAACACCAACAAUACCUCAAGUCGUUGCAAGUGGCCUGGUAUUGCUUGCAAUGCUGCUGGAAGCGUCACAGAGAUUGCCGUGGGUGCUUUCUAUUUGGGAGGUGAGAUGUCAAAACUCAACCUCUCUUACUUUCCAAAUUUAGUCCGCCUUGAUCUUUCUAGAAAUGGACUUCAGGGGAGUAUCCCAGUCGAGAUAGGUACUCUAUCAAAACUCAACUACCUUGAUCUGUCCCAUAAUACUAUGACAGGUGAGUUGCCUCUUUCACUUACAAACCUCACCCAAUUAGUGAUGUUUAACGUUUCCUCUAAUCAAAUCAUUGGAUCAAUCCCUACUUCUCUUUCGCUUUUAAUCCAUCUCACCCAUGUCAUUUUGUAUGACAAUCAAAUCAAUGGUUCUAUCCCUUCCACUUUGGGUAGUUUAACUAAUUUGGAAGUUUUGUAUCUUUUUUCCAAUCAAAUCAAUGGUCCAAUCCCUUCCACUUUGGGUAGUUAA